AUGGUAAAGGUAGUAGUAAAGUGGACAAAGGAAAAGUAUGAUGUAGAUGUUGACCCUUCCGAGUCUGUACUAGAAUUCAAGAGUAAACUUUACUCUCUCUCUCAUGUUCCAACUGACAGACAAAAAAUUAUGGGAUUUAAAGGUGGUAUCCUUAAAGACGAUGCCAGUUGGAAAGAUUUAGAUUUGGUAGAAGGAAAGGUAUUGAUGAUGGUUGGAUCGGCAGAGGAACUUCCACAACCAAAACAAAAGAUUACAUUUGUUGAAGAUCUUCCACAACAACAAGCCGAUGCAUUGAUUCAUAAUAUGCCAUCUGGUCUUUAUAACCUCGGAAAUACUUGUUAUCUCAAUGCUACUUUACAAUGCAUGAAAGCUUGUCCAGAAUUAAUGUCAAUCAUUAAAAAAUACAAACCAACAGGAACUCAAUACUCGGCAUUGGUAAAGGCAUCACAAGGUAUAUUUAAUGAACUAUCUAAAACUACUGGUGAACCAGUUGGAUCAAGUACCUUUUUGAAUCUAUUUAGAGCACUGUUCCCACAAUUUGGUGAAAUAAAGGAGGGGGCAUAUAUGCAACAAGAUGCCGAUGAAGCUUGGUCACAGUUAUUGUCUGCCUAUGCCAAUGAAUUCCCAAUCAACGCCAACGACAAGUCAACCAAUCCAACACAAGCAGUUGAGAAAUCAUUUAUUGGUAAAUUAUUUGGCAUUGGUGUAACAGAUACCUACCAGUGUAAAGAAAACCCAAGUGAAGAAUCAACCUCGAGAUCUGAAACUCUUCUCAAACUUCCAUGCAAUAUUGGAACAGAAACAUCUUAUCUUUUCGAAGGUAUCAAGAGAGGAUUAGAGGAAGAUAUCACCAAAAAAUCUCCAUCUCUAAACAAGGAAGCUGUCUAUACUAAAAAGACCACACUCAACCAUCUACCACCAUAUCUUAUGGUCCAAUUUGUUAGAUUCAAUUGGAAACAAGGUGUAAAGAAACCAAAUGAUCAAGGAGGUGUUACUGGUGUUAAAACUAAAAUUAUUAGACAAGUUCAAUUCCCUUUUACUUUGGAUAUUUUCGAUUUCUGUUCACAAGAUUUAAAGGAUAACCUUUCAAUUGGCAGAAAGAGAUUAGACGAUGAAUUCAAUGCAUCAUUGGAAAGAAAGAGAAAGACUUUUGAUGGACAAGAACAAGGAGGCAAACAAAAGAAAGAAACCAAAGAAGAAGAAAUCUUUGAUAUUACUGCCGACGAAGAUGCCUCUAAAAACUCGACUGGCAAAUUUGAAUUAAAAGCAGUUCUUACCCAUCAAGGUAGAUUUGCCGACUCUGGCCAUUAUGUGGCAUGGGUGAAAAAAGACGAUAACAAGUGGCUCAAAUUCGAUGAUACAACAGUCUAUGAGGUCAAUGACGAAGAGAUCAAGAAGCUCCAAGGUGGUGGAGAAUGGCACAUGGCUUAUAUGUGUCUUUACAAGGCCAUAAAGGCUCCAGAGGAAGAUAAAUCAUCAUCAACUCCAAUGGAUACCUCUACCACUACCACUACCACUACUAAUCAAUAA